CCCAACCCUGAGAAGAACGCUCAGCCGCCUCAAUUUUGAUACGUACGACACAUGGCACCAAUCGACGCCACAAAUUAAAAUACACUCUGUUGAAAAAAACAAUUUCCUAGGAAAUAGCGGCCAGCUUCUUGCUUCUCUACCCCUGUGUUCGCUCUCCGUACAAUUCCAGAAGAACAUCCUAGAUUUGCAUUUCCGAGCGCCGAAUUAGGGUAUAUUUGGUGGCGGGAAUUGUUGGGUACCUGUAAAGUUGGUGGUUUCCCGGCGAGUUUUCGGUUAUCAGUUUUCUCUGGAUAACGGAUGAAAGGGGAGGACUUGGGUUCUUAAUGUGAUAUCAAACCAGAGUUCUGCAUACAAUUUGACUGCUUGUUGAAGGAAUUGAAAGAUGUCAGAUUUGUGCUGCUAUGAGAUUGAAGAUACAGCGUGGGAUGAAUUUUGCCGAAGUGGUGACCAUAUAGUACCACCAAAUCCUUGUGGUCCAUCAGCUGAUGAGCAUCAACUCCAAGGUGCUAAUCAUAAGAAACCACGGCAUGAGAUAUCCUUGACAGGAUAUGCUAAGAAGCCAAAGGAAGAAGACGAGAGUAACUGUGGGAUGAAGCUGUUGGCAGAAGGGUCUUGGUGUGACACACCAAGUCAUGUAUUUCCUACUUCACACCAGAGCGACACAGUCAACAGAGUUUCAAACUUAUCAUCUGAAAGCAACACCAUGGAGUCAAUUGGAAGCGAUUUUUGUGAAACUGGUCAUAUUCUUGAUGACCAAAAGGCAGGGGUUGAUGGGAACUCUAAUAGCUAUCAGUUUUUCUUAGAUGAUGAUAAUGAGGAGAAAAACUGUAGCAAUAUUUUAGAGUACGGAUGGCCUGAAAUGGGAAACUUUGAAGACGUUGACAGAAUGUUUAGAAAUUGCGAUUCCACAUUUGGACAAGCGACCAGUGAUGGUGAUAUAUCAGGAUGGCUUUCAUCUUUGAAUGAUAUUGAAGGCUCUAAAGAAGCAUCAAGGCCAGAUCUUAAAUUCUCAUGCCUCUCCCCCAAUUCACUAGAAAAUAUUCUAGGGAGUAGCCAAUCUGGCAAUAGUUAUAGGGAGGAUCUUUGGGAUUUUGAGAAAGGGGAAUCAGACACUGUGAAUCAUCUGUCAUUUGUGGAAGGUUCUCAUAGUUCUGAUUGCAAAGAUGGAUCAAUACCUGAAAGGAAGACUAAUUCACAUAAACAGCAGUCAAAGAACAACAACCGCUCCGAGGGGAAGAGGACAUGCAUAUUCAUGGAAAAUGGAGCUUCAUUUCCAUUUAGUGGUAGCUUGCAUGAUGCAAAACGAUCAACCCCAACUGACUCUCCUCAAUCAACUAUCACAUCAAUAUGCACUCAACAGGAAAACCAGUUUCCCUCCGAUUCUUUUGCAUACUUGCAAAACUGCUUCCCUUACAUGCACUCAGAGUACAAUCAUGAUAUCACGUCUGAAAGCAAUGCUCUAGUGUCUGUUUCCCCUAAGGGUUCACAUGUGCCAAAUCAGUUUUCGCCCAUAAAGAUGCAUCUCCCUACUGGGUUCAGUUCUGAAAAUCACAUUGACCUGGAUGGAGCAAACAUAAAAGCUCCUAUGGGUUCUUCAAUGUUACUGGCAAGCUCAUCCUUCAGUUCAGGGUUGGAUGAAGUUUCAGAAGAAGCAACUUGUUUUCACCAGCUUCGGCAUGCCAUUGACCAGAUUGAUCUGGAGACGAAGCUAUGCAUAAGGGACAGUUUAUACCGAUUAGCUCAAAGUGCUGAACAGAGACACAGAGAUGCAAACUUCAAUGGAGAUAAUAGAGAUGCUAGUGGAACAGACAGGUGUGUUGGACAUGUGGGUAUGGAAACUGAUACAAACCCAAUAGAUCGAUCCAUUGCACAGUUACUAUUUCAUGAGCCCUCAGACUCGUCAUCGCCUGUGAUUCAGGGAUUCAUCACUAGCACCUGUAAUUGCUAAGAAAUUACUUCGUCAUAGAGAUGCAAUUGUUGAAAAAGAGAUGAAGGCUUGCUACACAUUACAGUGAUGGUGUCUUUGUUUUACUCCGAUGCCACCCUCAUCUCGGUUUUCCAUCCAUUGCGGGAAGCCUGCUCCCAGUGGCACAUCCUGGGAUGUGUUUUGCCACUCCUUCAUGCAGCUUGAUCUUCGGUUUUGUUUGCUAAUUUCGGUCUUACUUGCUAAUUUCAUAGAUGAAGGUCAGUUGAUCUCUAGCAGGGGUUAUUACUUCCUUUGAGUUAUUGCUCAGAAUUUAAGGGGUUCCUGAACAAUAUGUACACCACACCACUGAUGAAUCCUACAGCGAUUCUAGUGAGCCUUUGUUGUCGUUGUUCGCCACCCUUGAAGAGAUUGAUGUCAAAAAAGCUGUCACCACUCGGCAGGGGUCUUUUUGGUUUAGAUGACCAUGCAGAUUCUAUGGCCUCGUUGCCAGUCACUCUUGAAGAUCUUGUGUUGAAUAUCUUUUUAACAAUAAGUGCCAAUAUUUUUGGCGUUUAUGUAGUAUAAUAUCCUUUUGAUGUUAUUCCCCAAUUAAUCUAUCUUUGCUUUGGCUAUUAAGGCUAUCGAUAAUUGAAUAAACUAUAUCAAUAAAUGUAAUUAUCUUUGACUUAAAUUCUAUUCUCUGGUUUUAGAUUUGAUGAUUCGUGCCAGGGGUGGACCCGAUUUGGGAAUCGCAUUGGAACCGGGUAAAUUCAUGCCACCACCUGUAAACUUGGUUUGGAAUUGGGACUGGGAUCCGAAUAUCCGAUAAAUACCCGGUAUAGUCCAUGUUCCAUCAAAUAUUGGAAAUCAGUGUGUCUGAGGUCCCUUCUAAUAUGUGCUAAUAAAAACAUCCAUCACAUUUCUUCUUCACUAUUAGUUCCCAUGAUCUGUUUAAUUGAGAAAUGCGACUCGAAGAUGCUCUCAUAUCCAUGGUAGUAGUAAUAGGAAGACAGGAAGUACUCCAUAGUAUAUAUCUGAGCAAGGGAGGAUGUAAGUGGGGCUAUACUAGGCCCCGGCUCAUCCCAAUCUUAAAAAAUUCUUCAACCAUUAGUGUAAAAAACAGUGUAAAAAUCUAUCCCAAAAAAUCUUCAUACUGGCCCGGCCCGGUAUUUGAGGAUGACAUUGCGAGCACGGCAGUAGCACCCAAGAAGCACAAUAUUAAGGACGAAUACUGUGAAGACUGAAUGGUGUUUGGUUCGGUCCUAUUUUACCCGAAUUGCGCAGAUGUAGGGGUAUAUGGCACACAUGGGGAUUAUUAUGAACUGAUAGUCUAGUUUUGGGCCUUUGGCUAUAACUUCUCGAGUGGGAAUUACUUCGUAUAUGAGUAAGAAUAUACGGAGUAUGAAUUAUCGGGUUUAGUGUGCCUUAUUAUUACUAGUGGUAUAUUGUGCAAGUGUGCAACAAACAACUCAGUUCUCUGGUAUUGUUUUUCACAUGAGAGUUUCACGUCUAGUAAAACAAUUUCAUUUUAUAUAUUUUGUUCUCCCAUGGAAGUCAAACAAUUAACAAAGCUAAUGCUUCGAGGACUUACUAAUCAAUCUUAUUCAAGAAAAUGUAUACCAAGCAAUCCCACGGCCCAAUCCACUUCCGUGCACCUUCGAAGAUUCUAUGGCGCACAAUCAGAUGAAUGAUUCCACACAAAACGAAGAGAGGAGCAGUAGCACUAGGACGGUUGAAGGCGUACGAGGGUGUUCCGACACCUUAUGAUAGGGUGAAGCGAAUGGUUAUACCUGAUGCCCUUAAGGUUUUGAGGCUCCAGGCUAGGCACAAGUACUGCUUGCUGGGUAAGCUGUCAUCUGAGGUUGGCUGGAACCACUAUGACAUGAUCAAGGUUCUAGAGGAUAAGAGAUAGGAGAGGUCACAAGCGGCAUAUGAGAGGAAGAAGCA